AUGGACGCCAAGGCCCUGGCGGAGUGUCUAUCCAUUUUGGAUGAUUACCAGGCUGGCAAGCGGCGGGCCUCACAUCGCAGGCCCAAUGCCAAGAAGGCCCUGAAGAGCUUGGCAAAGGAGCACCCGUCUUCAGCGCUGCCGCUGCGAUUCCUGGCGCGCCUCCUGUACCACGAGGCCGCCGGCGUUGUGGGCAGCAGCGACUCCGACCCGGGUGCCUCGCAGCGCCGCUCGCAGCUACUGCAGGAGGCGUACGCGCACGCGGCCGCCGCGACCGCGCUCGCGCCCGCCAGCUGCAGCUGCGCGGCGCUGCGCGCGACGCUCGCCAUCAACCUUCUGCUCGAGGAAUCGGCGCUGCUGCCGCUCGGCGCGCGGCUGGUCGCGGCGGGCAAGAAGGGCACCAAGGCGGCCGCCGUGGUCGAGCGCAAGUGCGGGGACUUGCGGGAGCGGCUGGAGGGCGCGAUGGCCGCGUGCCGCACGGCGCUGGCGCACCCGGCGCCAUGCCGCAGCGAGCCCGUCAUCUCUAUCGACACCGGCGGCCACGCCACCAGCGACCCGUGCAGCAUGUCGCAGUCGAACAUGGAGGAAUGGGUUGCAGGCGGGCGCUGGCAGGAGGUGCUGGAUGAGAAGCGCGGCGUGCUGAGCUCGAUGAUGCAGGUUCUCGACAGCUGCCACGCGCUGCUGGACGCCACCACCGCGGCGCGGGACAACAACAUAAAGCUGCUGCAGCACAUACUCAGCUGGACGCGCCCCUGCCGCCCGAGCAUGCUGCAGGCCGCGGCGGCGGAGGUGCUUGCGCCGCUGCAGCUGGACCCACUCAACAACCAGCUGCACCAGGCGGCGGUGCAGGAGCUGCUGCGGCUCCUCAAGCCACCCGGCUCGGCUGCUGGCGGCAGCGCCAACGGCGGCUGCGGCGCUGAUUCGGGCCUGAGCUUGGGCGCGUUUGGCGGGCACGGGGACGCGCGGGGUGCCGGCACUGCGGCCCUCUCGUUGUCCGUCGAGAAGGCCUGGGACUGGGGCGGCGCCGGCGCCGGCGGGGGCGCCGGCGGCGCGGCGGCAGUGGGCGGCAAGGGGGCGAAGAAGGGCGGCAAGGCGCCCGCCGCGUCGGCGCGCGGCACGAAAGGUGGCAAGGGGAAGGGCGGCGCCGGCGCCGGCGCGCCCGGCGCGCCGAAAGGCGAGGCGCGGAGCCGCCGCCAGCGCUACACGGACGUCGAGUCGUUCUGGCGCAGCUGCAGCCCCGAGGAGCGGCGGGCGCUGCUGCGGGUGCCCCUAGGGGACCUGCUUGAGGGGGUUCGGCGCGAGGGCGGUAGCGAGGCGGCGGAGGAGCUGAUGGAGGGGCUGGUGUUGCUGCGCGAGAGCGGCAACGUCGCGGCGCGCUACUGGCUGUGCCCCGCCUGCGGGGGCCGCAAGUUCGGGUCGUCACGGGAGUUCCUGGCGCACGUGGGCAUGGUGCACGAGGGGCUCACGCCGCUGCCGCCGCCGGCGCACGCCGUCGCGGCCCCGGCGCCCGCGCCGGCGCCGCCGCUGGCAAUGCUGCCGCCGCCGCCGCUCGCCGCGGAGCAGCAGCAGGAGCAGCAGGAGCAGCAGCAGGGCGAGGACGCGCAGCCGCCCCUCGCGGGCGCGGACGCAGAUGCGGCCGCGGCCGCGGCCGCGGGCCAGCAGCAGCCCCAGCCGCCGCCGCCGGCCGCGCCCGUGUUGCCGCCGCUGCCGCGCUAUCUGGCGUGCUGCAAGUGCGCCGCGGAGGUCGCCGGCGCGUACUACAAAUACAGCGGGCCGCCGGGCCACAGCGUCUGCCUGCGCUGCUUCCUCUCGGAGGGCGGCGGCGCCGCCGUCACGGGGCCGCACCAUUACGAGCUCCGGCUCCCGCCCGGCUCGUCACCGGCUGGCCACCGGCCGCUCGAGAACUUUCCGCUCGCCGGCGGCGCCGAGGGCGACGGCGACGGCGAGGGCGGCUCGCGCCCCGCGACGAGCGGCAGCGGCGGGAGCAACGCGACCGACGGCACCGACGGCGGCGGGGGCGACGGCGGCGGCAAUGGCGGCGGCAGCGAUUGGUCUGGGUCGCCGGGGUCUGCCGGCGGCUGCGAGGGAGCUCGGAGUCCCUCCCUGCGCGCCUGA